AGGCGCGAGUGUGCUUAUAAUAUUUUUAUUUGUUUAUUUAGAAAAGUUGUGAUAAAUUAUUGUUAGGAUGCAAAAGUCGAUAACCUCAUUUUUUAAACCGAAAGAUAGUCUCCCAGGCCCAGAAAAAGCGAGCGACCCAGAAAAGGCCAAAACUACAGAGAACAUAUCUAAAAACAAAAUUAAGUCUGAAGACGCUGUAGGAGAGGCGGGAAAUGAAAACAAACAACCGCCGUUGGAAGCGACGGAGGCAGAAAAGCCCGCGGCCAUGCCUCCCAGUAAGAUUACAAAGAUGGAAUUGAAUCCAGAAGUAACUGAAGGUGAAGGCAUUGAAAUCUACGACCCGUCUUUGGAAUCCUAUCAUCCCUUAAAACACGCCUAUUGGAAAGCAGAACGCGUGACACCUUACUUGGCCUUGGCUCGAACGUUUCAAGUUAUUGAGGAGACUUCGGGACGAUUAAAAAUGAUUGACAUAUUGAGCAACUUUUUUUGCUCGGUUAUGUUGGUUAGUCCGGAAGACCUGGUGCCGUGCGUCUACCUCAGCAUCAAUCAGCUGGCGCCCGCCUACGAGGGUCUGGAACUUGGCGUCGCCGAAACCACGCUCAUGAAGGCAAUUUGCAAAGCAACAGGCCGAAACCUAGCACACAUUAAGUCGCAAACACAUUUAACUGGCGAUCUGGGCAUUGUUGCGGAACAGUCGCGUGUAUCGCAGCGCAUGAUGUUUCGCCCGAAGCCCUUAAAUGUGCGCGGAGUUUUCACCAAGCUCAAAGAGAUUGCAAAAAUUUCAGGCCAAGCCAAAAUGACACUGGUCUAUGAUGUCUUUGUUGCCUGCCGAUUGUCUGAGGCACGUUUCUUUAUUCGCUCUUUGAUUGGCAAACUGCGAAUUGGCAUUGCCGAACAGAGUCUACUUACGGCUCUUGCAAUUGCUCUGGUUAAAAAAAAUCAUAUAAACGAUUGCAAAACGAACAAAGUGUGUGAUGUUUACAAGGAUGAAAUAGCGGAGACUACAUUAAUGCUCAAAACAACUUUUUGCCAAUGUCCCAACUAUGACAUCAUUAUACCAGCAAUACUGAAAUAUGAUAUUAAGGAGCUUCAAGAGCGUUGCCCGAUGCAUCCUGGAAUGCCGCUUAGACCCAUGUUGGCGCAACCAACUAAAGGCGUUCUUGAGGUUCUGGAACGCUUUAGUGGAAUGCAUAUUACUUGUGAAUGGAAGUAUGAUGGUGAACGGGCGCAAAUUCAUUUAAAUGAACUUGGCGAAAUUUCAAUUUUCUCGCGCAAUUCUGAGAACAAUACGCCGAAAUAUCCGGAUCUUAUUGCAAGAAGCAAGUCUUUUCUGAAAACGGAUGUUCAGUCGUAUAUAAUUGAUAGUGAAAUUGUCGCUUGGGAUAUAGAACGCAAGCAAAUCCUUCCAUUUCAAAUACUUAGCACACGUAAGAGGAAAAAUGUUGAUAUCGAUGAUAUUAAGGUUCAAGUGUGCGUUUACAUUUUUGAUCUUCUGUUUAUUAACGGAGUUUCCCUUGUCACAAAGCCGCUUUCCUUACGUCGAAAGAUGUUAUUUGAACAUUUUCAAGAAGUAGAAGGUGAAUGGAAGUUCGCCACAGCCCUUGAUACAAAUGAUAUGGAUGAAGUGCAACAGUUCUUGGAAGAAUCCAUCAAAGGUAAUUGUGAGGGUCUUAUGGUAAAAACUUUGGAGGAAGAAGCAACUUAUGAAAUUGCAAAAAGAUCAAGAAACUGGCUCAAAUUGAAAAAAGACUAUUUGUCAAAUGUUGGAGACUCGCUGGAUCUUGUCGUUAUCGGUGGCUACAAGGGCAAAGGGCGACGUACCGGCACCUACGGUGGCUUUUUGCUAGCUUGUUAUGACACAGAAAAUGAAGAAUACCAAAGCAUUUGCAAGAUUGGAACAGGUUUCACCGAUGAUGAUUUACGACUGCAUUCGGAAUUUUUCAAUAAGCAUGUGAUUGGCAGUGCCAAAUCAUAUUUCAGAUAUGACCCCAGCUUGGAGCCGGACGUUUGGUUUGAACCCGUUCAAGUUUGGGAGGUUAAAUGUGCAGAUCUAUCGCUGAGUCCGAUCCAUAGAGCGUCAAUAGGAAUUGUUGAUGCUGAACGUGGCAUUUCCCUGCGUUUUCCUCGUUUCAUACGUAUUCGCGAUGAUAAGAGUCCUGAAAAUGCAACCGACGCAAAUCAAGUGGCCCACAUGUACAAAUCACAGGAUCAAGUGAAAAACAAUCUGAAAUCCAGCAGUCUUAUGGAUAUUGAGAGUGAUUUUUAUUAAUAAAACAGUAAGCGCAUAACUA